AUGGAGCUGUCAUCUUCCGCGGAUGAGGAGAUGUUGUUGGAGAAGGUGCACCAACAAUCUCCAACCAAACGUCGUGAUGAGUGGAAAGACUACAUCUUUGCUGUGGCUUUUGCUGCCAAUUGUGCUGCCAUAGUUAUCGUUGGGCUCUUUGUUGGCCUUCCAAACGUAUCAAGCAUAUUCUUUACAAUUCACCGUGAGGACAAUUCCUCACACGGUUUAAAAAUCUUUCUCCUAUUCAUGGCAACUUCGUGCAUCGGUGGUGGCGUGUCAGCACUAUGGCUGCAGAUACUACAAAACCACGCGGCGCGCGUCAUCUCUUGGACGCUAAAAUGUAGCAUUUUGGCUUUCUUUGCCGCAUCAUUUGCAGGAUUUUACGACUCCGUACGUCGAUCCAUCGCCUUCGCAGCCUCAAAUUUGGCAGCAGCAUCUCCGUGGGUGGUAAUUUGGGGCGUGGCUGUUGUUGGCGUCCUCGCUAAGUCAGUGGUUCACUUUCAUGACUCGAAUUCUUACGGAAAUAUAUGCUUUUUCUUCAUGCUACUAAGCUUCAUCUGGUUUGUUCAGGUGGCAAAAAAUGUGGUACACUGUAUUGCAGCCGGUGCAGUGGGCGAGUGGUGGUAUGGUGCUCAUGAUGUUAACACGAUCCAGCGGGCGCAAAUUCGUACGCUGACGACGUCUCUAGGGUCGAUUUGCGUCGGUUCACUGGUGGUCGCUGCGCUUAACGCUUUGCACAUGCUUUUGUUAUCCACUCCGCGACGGAAAGCCAAGGGCAGCGCCAACGCUUUUCUCGAGUUUCUUGUCAAACUUGCAAUGCGCAACAUGAACUACUUCAAUAAGUACGCAUUUUGCCAGGUCGCGCUUCAUGGAAAAACCUUUUGGCAAGCUGGGACAGACACAAUGCAAUUAUUUCGGGACCGUGGCUGGAAUUCCCUUAUAAAUGACUCGCUUAUCACGAGCGUCCUUUCAGUAGGGUCCCUGGUCGUAGGCACCGUGUCAGGAGUCAUUGGAUCGGCAUGGCUGCAAAUAACGCUGAGAUGCACUCCGGGCGAGUUGGCUGAUCACCCGGACGAGUGUCAAACUUUCAAUGUUGUGCUUUUAACAUUCGUAGCGUGUGCGUCAAUUGGGUACGCCAUGUGCACAAUUAUGUCUUCAAUCCUAGACUCGAUCGUAGCGACGAUCUUUGUGUGCUUUGCUGAGGAUCCCGCAGCCCUACAGCUCUCGCAUCCGGACGAGCACGCUCGCCUUGUGGAUGCUUGGUCUCGUCUGCAACCCGAGUUAGUGAUAUUCCCUACCCACAUGGAAAUAGUUAUGACAUACUCGGCUUAUAAGCAUGAGUCCCAGACGAUGGCUCCCAUUUCAAGCGGAAAACUGUCAUCAAAUCCUGAUACCCUGGAUCCUUGA